UAAUCACUCCGAGGUAAACAGUUCUUUGAUUCGCAAUGAAAACGUUUGUGGUGCUGUCCGCACUGCUGGCCGCCGUCUGCGCUGUUCAGCAGUUUGACCCAGCCAACAUCGACUGGAACACAAUCCGAACGAUUCAGGAAACCGACUCGUACAGAGCCAAGUUUGGACUGGCUCCGUUAAGUGAUGACGAUAUUCGAAACUCUCGCAUCUCCGGUGGCACGAUUGCCAUGCCGAAUCAGAUCCCGUGGGCCGUCGGAGUGUUUAUCCAUGGUGGUUCUGGACAUGGAUUCUGCAGUGGCACUUUGAUCUCGCCAAGACAUGUCCUAACGGCAGCGGUUUGCAUUUCCGGCCAAGUAACCCUGACGAUUGCGCUGGGAGCGUCCAACAUGGCUAGCAUCGAGCAGCUGAUUGGAGUUUCGAACAUCCUGUCACAUCCGAGGUACAGUUCUCUGCUGAACCGAGACGACAUCGCGAUCCUGACCAUGAAUCGGGACGCAGAAAUCAACGACCGCGUGCGACCUGUGCUGCUGCCAAGGUGGUCCGAUGUUGGAAACUCGUUCAACAACUGGAUGGCCACAACCGCGGGGUGGGGUAAUACCGGAAAUCGUGACAACGAAAACAUUCCCACCGAGCAGCUACAGUUUGCCGUUGACAGUGUGAACUCGAACUUCGUUUGCGGAAUUUCGCACAACUUCAUUCGUGACACACACAUUUGCACUUCUACAGAUGCUGGAGGCCCGUGCAAUAUAGUGCGAAACCCGCACAAAUCCAGACGGCAUACCGGAUGCGCAUCCAGUGGCAUGGACAAACGAUGCAAUGCCAACCUGGAGGCUGCGACCGUUGUCCUGGACGGCAAGAGGACCACCCGAGUCACCGUUACAGACGGAACGGCCACCAGCACCAGACAAGCAAAUAUUCUGCGCUUGGAUGAUGAUCGCAUUCCAAGCUGCCUGACAAUCGGCGUUGGUCAGAAUAGGAUUGCUCGAGUACAUGACCACAUCCGACGCCCCAGUCGCUUCAUCCGAGGUCCGUCCAAAGCCAGAGAUGAUGCCCGUCAGACCAGCAAAGGUUCUGGUGUCGGACAGUGCAGGUAAAUCGAUUGGUUGAACAAAAUCGUUGAAGACCGCUGCUUGAGCCAGUCGAACGGUGGCGAUAUCAUUUCGAAGUAACGUCGCAAUAUAGCUGGGGUGGAUGUGGAUCGAGGCGAAUUCGAUGCGCUGCUGAUGAGGUUCAACGUGU